AUGAUGGAAAAAUUUCGAUACCGUCCAAAAAUCUUGGAGGGCGUUCCAGAUUAUCUCACUCGGGAUUUGAAGCAGUAUGAGGACUGGUUCACAGUCGACGGACAUGUCUUGAAGCGAGUCACCGAUCACUUUGUCCAGGAGCUGGACAGGGGUCUCACCGUCGAGGGCAGCACCAUUCCCAUGAAUGUUACCUGGGUCAUGGGCUACCCAAACGGCCAUGAGCAAGGAAGGAUCCUGACCAUCGACAUGGGGGGUACAAACCUCCGCGUGUGUGAUAUAUGCCUUUCCUUGGGCAAAGGCGAAUUCGAACAGGUCCAGAGGAAGUAUAAGCUCUCCGAGGCCAUCAAAACCGGUACGGCCGAGCAGCUUUGGGAUUUUGUUGCCGAGCGUCUGCAAGCGUUCAUUCAAGAACAUCACAGUGGCGCGCAAACAUCGGAUCCGCUGCCGUUGGCCUUCACAUUCUCGUUUCCAGUAGACCAAAAGUCCAUCCGGAGCGGUAUAUUACAACGCUGGACGAAGAACUUCAACGUAUCGGGGGUGGAGGGCCAAGAUGUUGUGCCCCAGCUGGAGGCCGCGCUUGAGAGAAAGAAAGUCCCAGUGAAGGUGGUCGCCUUAAUCAACGACACAACGGGCACGCUGAUCGCCUCGCACUAUCGUGACCUGCAAGUGAAAAUCGGUAGCAUCUUCAGCACGGGCUGCAAUGCCGCAUACAUGGAAGACUGCCGCAAUAUUCCCAAGCUCCAUGGCUCGGGUCUGCCUAGUGAUGCGACCGUGAUUAUCAACACCGAAUACGGCGCAUUUGACUCGGACCGCAAAGUGCUGCCAUUGACACCCUUCGACCACCAGAUCGAUCAGGAGUCCGUUCGGCCUCACACACAGAUUUAUGAAAAGAUGGUGGCAGGCCUGUACAUCGGGGAAAUGCUUCGGCUCGUGCUCCUUACAUUGCAUGAGCAAGGGAAGCUCUUCAAGGGCCAGGACGUAACGCGCCUGAAACAGGAGAACUCGCUCGAGGCCUCGUUCUUGUCGAUUGCCGAGCUGGAUCUUUCAGAAUCUCUGGUCGACAUGAGAAGUCAGUUCCAGGACAAUCUGAGCCUCGACCCGACCCUGCACGAGCUGAAGGUCUGCCGAUAUCUGAUCGGUCUGAUUGCGACGCGUGCGGCGCGUCUCCAUGCCUGCGGGAUUGCGGCUAUCUGCAAGAAGAAAAAUCUGCGCCGGUGCCACGUCGGUGUGGAUGGAUCGCUUUUUAACAAAUACAGUGGCUUCAAGGGCCGCGCAGCGCAGGGUCUACGCGAGAUCUUCGACUGGCCGCAGGGUGAACUUGAUUUGAUCGCUCUUAACGCCGCCGAGGAUGGCUCGGGCGUGGGAGCAGCUCUGGCGGCGACUUUGGCGAUGCAGGAAAGUGAAUUGACCGCGUCACUCUCGUCUCUGGGCAAGGUAUGCUGGAUGCGCCUGGAGCACGAUGUGGUCCGCUUCACCAUCAUCCCGGAUCAAGGCACCCAAGUGUGGGCCAAUAUCCCUGUCGGGACCAUUUUUGCCGAUGACUCCUACUCAAUUGAGUCCAACUCCGGCGCCAUCAACGUCGAAAUCAACAUCAGUGUCUUGAACCGCGCGCUGCGGUCUGCGUUCGGUGCCACUACGGCACAACUCCGUCUUACCAAAAAGGACAAGACACCACUGCUCGCACUAACUGUGCUCUCCACAGAGUGGACAGAGGGGAACAUGGCCCUAGCCACGACCGACGACCCCGAGCACGACGCAGCAGAGCGAGACCUCAACCAAGCCCGGAAAUCCGGACACGACGUAGUCGGAGACCGGGCCCCACGCGAGCGCGAGACUUGGAUCACGCAAGAGAUCCCCAUCAAAAUCCUGCACGAGUCCGUCGUAGAAGAUCUCCACGAGCCGCACUGCCCGGACCCAGACGUCCACAUCAUCCUGCCGGGCCUGGCACAGCUGAAAAGCAUUUCGGAUCGAUUCACGAAACUUGCCUCCUCGGACACGAAGAGUCGGCAACCCGGUGUUCUUGCUUCAGAUGCGCCCGGGAUGAAUGCUACCUCGUUCCACGGAGCGGGAUCGAAUAAUGCUGCUGCCACGGCGCUGUCUGCCAACUCGGCUCCGAAACUGGAGCUGUCUGCCAACAUGCAUGGCUCGUUGCGACUGGCAAUUGCCACGGACGAACUGCGGAUCGUCAGUGUCUGGUCCGGACUCGUGAAUCCGGAAAUAGACCCUGCUCAGAUGACACAGGAACAAUACUCGGACCUGCCGAGUGCGCGAAUGCGCGAGGCAAAUAACGAUGACGAAGCUGGCUGGGCCAAGGUGCGUAUCGAUGGCAGGGACUGGAGUCGCGUGCUGAGCGUGGGGAGACUCAGUCCCAAAGUGGUAGCCUGCUUUAUUAAUGAAAUGGCUCUCGUUCUUUACGUUUAUUUACCAGGCAGCUGGAACGGCGAGGAGUCUUGUCUUACUUAUUACAUUAAUUCCUUCGCAACAUGA